GAAGAGGCUUGAGUUUCAUGUUGGCUCCACACACUCCGGGGCAGCAGGUGGCAGCAUGCACCUGCCUUUACUCCAUCUGUCAGUAAACACUGAAGACGAAGCAGCUCGGCUCCGUCUCUGGAGUUAGUCUGGAGUUGUGCUUCCCAGCAGCUGGACUGUGGAGACAACGACAGAGCAGACACACACACACACACACAGUGAGAACAUCAGGAGCAGUGAGACAGGCAGUGAGACAGGCAGUGAGACAGGCAGUGAGACAGGCAGCACGGCGUUUAAACCGGGAGCACGCGGGGACAAGAUGAGUGACGCCGCUGUGGACACGAGCACGUUAUGUCUGUUCGACGUUGACGGCACGCUCACGGCCGCGAGACAGCGUGUGACUCCAGACAUGGUAGAGUUCCUUGAGAAGCUGAGGACUCGGGUUCGAGUCGGGGUGGUAGGAGGGUCAGACCUCUGCAAGAUCAAAGAGCAGCUGGGAGAUGAUGUGAUCCAGAAAGUGGACUACGUGUUUGCUGAGAACGGUCUGGAAGCCUAUAAAGACGGACAGUUUCUCUCUGUCCAGUCCAUCCAGGCCCACAUGGGAGAAGAGCUACUGCAGGAUUUCAUCAACUUCUGUCUCAACUACAUGGCCACGAUCAAACUGCCCAAGAAGAGGGGAACAUUCAUCGAGUUCCGUAACGGCAUGCUGAACGUCUCUCCUAUUGGACGGAGCUGCACACAGGAAGAGAGGAAAGAGUUCUACGAGCUGGAUCAGAAAGAGAAGAUCAGAGAGAAGUUUGUGUCCGUGUUAAGGGAAGAGUUCAAAGGAAAAGGACUGACGUUUUCAAUCGGAGGUCAGAUCAGCUUUGAUGUGUUUCCUGAUGGCUGGGACAAGAGGUUCUGUCUGGGGAUUGUUGAGAAGGACAACUACUCCACUAUUCACUUCUUUGGAGACAAGACCAAACCGGGAGGAAACGACUACGAGAUCUACUCCGACCCUCGGACCGUCGGCCAUGAAGUCUCCUGUCCGGAGGACACACGGCAGCUGUGUCAGCAGCUUUUCUUCUCAUGACGGAGACGACGCAGACCUGCUGUCACCGCGUGAUCCUGUCUGUCUCACAGACGUCUUCUUGUAUCUGUGGAUAUCUGGGAUUAGGUUUAAUUACAAAAACGAGAGGCGUCUGUGGCGACAUGGAGGAGGGAGAGGGAAAACCUGUGGGUGUGUGUGUGGGUCUUGAAUGAGAGCUGUCAUGGUGAUGGUUUGUCUUCCCUCAUGGUAAACGUUGAGUCAAACUCACUUACCAACUUCAUCUCUGUCUGCUUACUUCUCAUUUUUCAUGGCAAAAACAAACCGCUUGGAUCUAUCGAUCCUUGUCCUGCGUGUCAACACCACCAACACCACCCUGAAUCUGAUUCUGAAUCUGCUUUUUAACUCAACUCCCACAUGACCCUCAGUGCCUCUGACACAAAGACAAUGACAAUGUCAGUUUGUAGUGAAGUUAGGGGAAACUGCUCACACAUCUGUUCGUUCAAACACCUGAAUGCUGCUGUUUCUUCCCUCCACAGCUCGUUUGUCAGUCAAAUGUUGUGGCCUGAGCCUCUUUGGGUUUUUGUGUUGACGGGUUAACUCUUUGUUCAGCUGCGUGCACCAUCAGUGCUAAUGUUAGAUUUCAUGAACAGUGUUGACAGUAGCAGUACAGAGUGGUAAUCUGACAGGACCAGAACAUUCUGUGAAGCGCUGAGUCAUGACCUCUGUGGUACCUUUUUAUUAAAUAUUUGAGACUGUAUCUGAGAAGUAACUGCUUCUACAAUUGCGUGACUUUCCGAACACACGACACAUCAACUUAUAUGAAGACGUGAAGAGUGAACAGUAAAAGAAGGGAACAACUGUUUUUAACCUCAAGUAGAAAUGCAUGAGAACAUUUUCCUAAAUCUUUUUUGUUGUUGGUUGAUUAAAUCUCAUUUUUCUCUUCUCA